AUGGGAGCAUGUGCUGCCACCGAGCAGAGUCACUUGUACAGCGUCUGCCCCCUACCCGACACGACGAGCGAAGUGCACGAACUCAUUGGCGGCCUGCACGAUGUGAUGGGCCACGGUGCCUUCCAGCGGCGCGUGCUCCUCUUCGGCAUUUUGUCCACACUGGUGCUGCUGUGCCACGCGUUCUCGUACCGGCUGGUCGCCCGGCCCGUGGACCACUGGUGUCGGCCGCCCAACGAUCUGGCUGGCCAGCUGCCUGGCGGCGCCUGGAAGAACGUCGCUAUACCGCUGCUCGCCGAUGGCAGCUUCAGCCAGUGCACCGUCUACGAUCCGCCACUCCCGGACCUGAUGAACUCCACGCGCAAGGAGGUCCAGUGCGACGCCUGGCAGUACGAUACGGCCAGUCCGCAGGACAGCAUCGUCAGCCAGUGGGACCUGGUGUGUGGCCGAGCCUGGAUGGUGCCCUUCUCCUCGGCCGUCUACCUGUCGGGAGCCAUGAUGUGCGUGCCUGUCUCGGGCAUUGUGGCUGACCGCUGGGGCCGCAAGCCCGUCAUCAACGCCUGGGUGGCCACGCUCCUGGUCGCCGGCGUCGGAUGCGUCGGCGCCAGUUCGUACAGCCUCUUCGUGACCUCGCGUUUUGUCGUGUCGGCCGCCAACAGCAGCAUCACGGUGGUCGUGUUGAUCCUGCUCUACGAGGUGACCUGCAAGGAGCGACGGCUCCUGUUCGUGGUCGUGUACGCCAGCUGCGGCACGGUGCUCCUGCCCGUCCUCUACCGGCUCAUCGAGCUCUACCACCUCAACUGGCGGACGAUCCAGAUGGUCCUCAUGCUGCCCACGUCGCUGCUCGUUUCCUGCCUCUACCUGCUCGAGGAAUCGCCGAGCUGGCUGCUGGCCAGUUGGAAAACACGAGCAGCCGAGCAGGUCGUCGUCCUGGCCGCCGCGGUCAACGGCGUACCGGCGCAAAGAGCAUCGGAGGCGUUCCACACGCUCCGCGAGAGACUCGAGAGGCUGGACCUGGCGCGAGAUAGGACCUUCGUGCUCUCGCCCAGCACGUUCGUCCAGGAGGCCCUGCUUCGCUGGACCACGCUGCCCGUCGAACUCUGCUGGUUCACCACGUUCUUCGGUUUCUACGGGAUCAACUUCCGAGGCGUCCGCGUGGUCGCCUCAAUGGCGAUGGAGGACGAACUUUUCGUGGCGCUGCAGACGCCUCUGGCCGCGGCCGCCUAUUGGAGCAUGCGGCGCGCGGGAGUCCGCGCCACGCUCUGCAUGCUCCUGUGCCUGACGAGCGCUUCCUGCGCGGCAUAUGGCAUCGUAAGCCCGAUGCCGGCUGCGGUUGACGUCGUUAGGGAAGUGCGUCGAGUGCUGGUCACCUUGGUUCUGGGCCCAAUCUACGUGCACACGGCUCAGAUGUUCCCCACGCAGGUGUGCAGCAUGGGCAUAUCUGCGUCGUACGCCAUCGGUCAGUUCGGGGCGCUCGGCGGGUCACUCCUGGUGCACAUAAACGAAAUGACGUUCGACAUGUUCCUGGGCGUGACGGCCUUCGCCGCCUUCUGCGGUGUCCUGUCCGCGCCAGACUCUGCACCGUUGAUGGUUGCUCCGAAAGCUUUGAGGCCUUUGGCGUCGCCAGAAAGGCCCAGCGCCCUUCACCACCCUGGUGCUGAAGCGGCGAACAAUAUAGCGACCGCGGAGACAACACAACAACGUAGGAAGACCUCCGCUGUUUCCUUUGCCGCGACGGAAGAUUACGACGCUUGA